AAAUCCCUAACCUGCCUCGCGUACCUCUAUUCGUUUUUCUCUACACCAAUACAAAGCCACAACCCUCGAAGCAGCGCAGCUCGUCGGCGUUCGCGAACGGCGAUAGAAACUGGUUGUCGGGGUUCUCCUUCAACGUUCUUAGAGCUCGUUUUCAACUCCGAUUCUUUCUCAGGGUAAAGAUGUCUAACUCUAUGAGCACAGUGCCUGAGAUACCAACCGAGGGCCAACAUGAUGUAAAUGCUGGAGAAUUCAAUGAUGACAUGGAGCUGGCAGAUGAUCAAAUAGACUUAGCAGUGGCUGAGCAUCAAACUGGGCCCCAACAGAAUGAAUCCAGUUUCACGGAUGAUCACAAGGCUGGUGUCUUCCGCUACGAUAAAGCAGUGGGUGUUAUGGAUCCUUCAUAUGAGAAGUUUUAUGCUACAUUAGCUGAAGUUCAUUCACGUGCAGAGAUUGCAGAGGAGAGCCUUCGUUCUAUGGUGGAGCUUUCUCGUUCCAAGGACGAGCGCAUUCAUUCUUUGGAGGAGCGUAUUCUUUCCAUAAAUGAGGCUUUUCGUGAUACGGAUAAACGUUGUCGUUCUGCGAUUAAGAUGGCUUGUGCUGCGGAGCAGCGAGCUGAUGCUGCGGAACAGCGAGCUGAUGUUGCGGAACAACGAGCUGAUGCUGCGGAGGACCGUGCUACAACAACUGAGUCGGAGCUUCUUCGAGUCCGGGCAGAAGUCAGAAAGGUAACAAACCUUCUUAAUGCGAGUGCCGAAGUACUUGAAAAAAGGAACAAAGAGAUGGAGCGACGCUAGAUGUUUAUACUGGUGAUAUUGUUACGAGUGAGAUUACAUACUUUUAUACUGUUUUGGAUUACUUUCUUUUAUACUGUUAAAUUGGUUACCGUUGAUACUGUUCUGUUGGAUUGAUUACCGUUGAUACAAUUUGAUGAGUAGAUGAAAAAUG